GACCGCCCAUUCGGCAGCAGCAGCAGCAGCAUCUGGAGAGCUACGGCCGUGACAGGAACAACAGUUCCAUAGAAACGCGCAGCCCUUAGGAGCAGAAGCGUCUCUGACCGCUGAACGGCACGUUGUCCUCGUCCUGCCUGUACUGCAGGUUUUUCAGACGGGAAUAAUGAGCUCACACCAGAAAGAAAAGUGGGGAAGUAACAGCACAGGACUAACAAGCCAACAGAUAGAAGUCCUUGAGUACAAUUUCAACAAUGUCAGUAAGCAGCCUCAUAGCACUUCUAUAAUGCUGAUUGCUGCUGAAACAGGACUCACAGAGGAAGAGACUAAAAAAUGGUUCAAAGAACGAUUAGCCAAAUGGAGAGAGUCUGAAGGCUUGCCUAGGCACUGUGGAUCGGUCAUGGACUAAAUUAAUAUUAUUGCUUGGAUUUGGGGCGGAGGGACUGGAAGAGGAGCUUUUAUUUUGAAAUAUUUUUAUUUUUAGUUACAGAUGUGAGCAUUAUGUAAAAAAUAUCUAUUUAAGUGUGUACCUAAUCGAUAGACAUAUAUAGUGAUAACCAUAUAUCUGACUACCAGAUAGUGUAAUAUAUAAACUAGGAAUUUGCAUGCGAGCGAGUAAUAGAACUUCUAAUAAAUUAUAAAAAUGGAAAUAAUCUGCCAAUAUAUAUAUAGUAUGAGAGAAAUUAUUUUUGCAUAUAAAACUAUCAUCAUUGGUGGAAAAAUACCAUAAGAAAUAGUUAUGUGAAGCCAAGUGAUAAAAUGCCAAAUAUUAAUACAGCAUUAAUGAUUGUAGAGAUCCUUGAUCUAUGUUGAACAUUUAUAAUUUUUAAUGAUUUCUCCUCUUUCUCUUUUUUAACAACUGUAAUUUUUGCCCUUUCAUUGAUCUGUAAGGCAUUUUCAGUGGAAGGACUUAAUUUAUCCUUUUAAUACUUAUUCAUUCUUUAGUCUGUGGCAUUCUCUCACAUUAAUAAGAAUUUGCAUAUGCUGAAUGCGCCUAAACAUCAUCAAUAUAUCUACAUAGGGCACAAAGGCAUUUUAUACAAUCAUUAGUGCUGCAUUAAUUUUACACAUAAUGCUAUUGAUUUUUUUAUUUUAUUUAAUAAAUGCCCAUUAGGCAGUAUUUCUGGUGUAAGUACAACAGCUAUAAAGUGAAUAUUUUUGUGCAUGAUGACUGAUGUUUUGUGCAGUUUUAUCAGAAGUUUUGUUUAAUAAAAAUGUAAUAAAACAGAA